GUGUUUUACACUGUAAGCACACUGCUUUGUAUGGCUCUGCUAUACAGCGCCAUACAAAGCAGUGUGCCGGAACUGACAGGGUGAAGCACACUGACACCACCCCCUAGUAAAACACUCCUAGCACACAGUUAACCCUUUGAUCGCCCCUCAUGUUAACCCCUUCCUGCCCAGUGCCAUUAGUACAGUGUCAGUGCUUUUUUUUGCACGAAUCACUGUAUUGGUGUCACUGGGGAUGUCAGUGGCACCAAAUCAGUUCCCCCAAUGUCAAAAUGUCCACCGCAGUCCCGCUAUAAGUCGUUGA